ACCCUAUUCCAAAAUCCAAACCAACAGUACUUCCCAAUUAUUUCUCUGACGUCCUUCCUUCUUGCUCCAAGAAAAAAAGAAAUAAGCCAUCCAUCAGCUGGUUAGUUUUCUCUAAAAUUUGACCCACCAAGAUUCUUCAACGCAGAAGCUCGAAACGGCGUCGGAGCAGGAGGAGGUGGAGGAGUAUUGCUGUUGUUGGUGCUGCUGCUGUAUUGCCAAAGGCAUGCAGAGCAUCAUCGAUGCCUUGACUGGCGGCGGCAAUGGCGGCCAGAAGAGGGAAAUCAAAGGCACGGUGGUGCUGAUGAAGAAGAACGUGCUGGAGUUCAACGACUUCAACGCUUCGAUCAUCGAUCGCUUCGACGAGCUCUUUGGCCGGGGAGUUUCUCUGCAGCUCAUCAGCUCCGUCCAUGGCGACCCUCAAAAUGGCAAUAAGGGCAAGCUUGGGAAGGCAGCAUACUUGGAGAACUGGAUACCAACAAUCGCUCCGCUAAAAGCCGGCGAAACAUCCUACGAUGUUACCUUCGAGUGGGAAGAAGAAGAGAUUGGGAUCCCGGGAGCGUUUCUCAUCAAGAACAAUCACCACAGCGAGUUCUUCUUAAAGUCUCUCACGCUCCAAGAUGUUCCUGGGGAAGGCAGGAUCCACUUCCCCUGCAACUCCUGGGUUUACCCUGCCAAGCGCUACACCAAAGACCGGGUUUUCUUCACUAACAAGUCGUAUCUGCCACACGAGACGCCGUUGCCAUUGGUGAAGUACAGAGAGGAAGAGCUGGCGGCUUUGAGAGGAAAUGGAGAAGGGGAGCUACAAGAAUGGGACAGAGUGUAUGAUUAUGCUUACUACAAUGAUUUGGGAGAUCCUGAUAGCGGCGCAGACAAGGCUAGACCGACUCUGGGAGGAUCGGCGGAGUACCCUUAUCCUCGUAGGGGAAGGACUGGCAGGCCGCCCUCCAAAUCAGAUCCCAACGUAGAGAGUAGGGUGCCACUACUGAUGAGCCUAGACAUAUACGUCCCCAGAGACGAGAGAUUUGGUCACCUGAAGCUGUCUGAUUUCCUUCUCAAUGGGCUCAAAGCCAUUGUGCAAGUCGUGAAGCCUGAGCUGGAGGCUCUGUGCUCUGAGAAUCGUGACGAAUUCGAUUCCUUUGACAAUGUCCUGAAGCUGUACGAUGGUGGGGUGAAGCUCCCUGGAGGUCCUACGCUCGAUAACCUCUGGAAGGAUGUUCCUUUAGAUAUCAUCAACGCGAUUUUCCACACGGAUGGCGAACGGAUUCUGAAAUACCCUUUGCCAGAAGUAAUCAAAGAGAGUAGGACUGCUUGGAGAACUGAUGAAGAAUUUGCAAGGGAAAUGUUGGCUGCGCUCAACCCUGUUGUCAUUAGUCUUCUUCGUGAGUUCCCGCCGAGGAGCAAGCUGGAUUCUAAAAUUUAUGGAAAUCAGGACAGUUCAAUUAGUGAAGAACACAUAAGACAUCAUCUAAAUGGAUUGACCGUAGGCGAGGCAAUCAAGACCAACAAGCUAUUCAUACUUGAUCACCAUGACACACUGAUGCCAUACCUAAGGAGGAUUAACAACAACACAGCCUCCAAGACCUACGCAACCAGAACGAUCUUAUACCUGCAAAGCGACGAUACAUUGAAGCCGCUGGCAAUCGAAUUGAGCUUGCCACAUCCCGAUGGAGAUAAGUUCGGAGCCAUCAACAAAGUGUACACUCCACCUCCAGCAGAUCACAAGGAGGGCAGCCUCGAAGACACCAUUUGGCAGUUGGCCAAAGCUUAUGUAGCAGUAAACGAUUCCGGCUACCACGAGCUCAUCACCCACUUCUUGCACACUCAUGGCGUGAUCGAGCCAUUUGUAAUUGCAACAAACAGGCAGCUCAGCAUAAUCCACCCGAUCUACAAGCUUCUACACCCUCAUUUUCGUGACACCAUGAACAUAAACGCCCUUGCGAGACAGAUCCUCAUCAAUGGCGGAGGAUUGGUGGAGUUAACGCUCUACCCUGGCAAGUACUCCAUGGAAUUCUCUUCGUCACUAUAUAAAUACUGGAACUUCACUGAACAGGCCCUCCCUCAAGAUCUCAAGAAGAGAGGAAUGGCUGUUCCAGACCCAGAGUCCAAGCACGGCCUCCGACUUCUGAUCAAAGACUACCCAUACGCCGUCGACGGGCUCGACAUCUGGUCAGCGAUCAGAAACUGGGUAGCCGAUUACACAUCACUGUACUACAAAACCGACGAGGAGAUCCGUAGCGACGCCGAGCUCCAAUCAUGGUGGAAGGAACUCGUGGAGGUCGGCCAUGGGGACAAGAGAGACGACCCAUGGUGGCCCAAGAUGCAGAAUCGAGACGAGCUCAUCGAAUCGUGCACGACAAUGAUCUGGAUCGCGUCGGCGCUCCACGCGGCCACCAAUUUCGGGCAGUAUACCUACUCCGGCUACAUGCCGAAUCGCCCCACCAUCAGCCGGCGGUUCAUGCCGGAGGAAGGGACGCCGGAAUUCGAGGAGCUGAGGGAGAACCCAGAUAGGGCUUUCUUGAGGACGAUCACGGCGAGGCUCCAGACGCUGCUAGGGAUCUCGCUGAUUGAACUUCUGUCGACGCAUUCUUCGGAUGAGAUUUACCUAGGUCAGCGGGACACGGCGGAGUGGACGGCGGAUUUGGAGGCGGCGGCGACGUUCGAGAGAUUUGGGAAAGCAUUGACGGAGGUUGAGGAGAGGAUUGUGGAGAGGAACGGAGAGGAGCAGUUGAGGAAUCGGUAUGGGCCGGUGAAGAUACCGUACACUCUGUUGUUUCCGACCAGCGAGGCGGGCCGGACCGGCAAGGGGAUUCCGAAUAGUAUUACUAUUUGAAUAAUCGAGCCCAAACAGAGAUGGCGCGUAAUUAAUGGCUAUGGGUUGUUGGCAUAUAAAUAUAAUAUUAGUGUGGUGUGAAUUAUAUUUAAUUUGAUUCAAAAUUCCAUACUCAUGUUAAUUGUACACCCAUCCAACUCUUGUA